GGAAGAGCUCCGAAGUUGUCCGAAGUCUUCCACAAAACCUUUCUUCUUCUGAGAAAGAACAUAUUGUCAAAAAAAAAAACACUGAAAAGAGUAAAUUAAACGAAUAUGAUUCGCGCGGCUGCCAAAUUUUCAAGAGCAGCAGCAGCCGCAACGGCUCGUGGCCGCACGAUCUCGGUUAGAGGAAGCCUUGUACGAUACUCGACGCCACUGAGAUUGAUCCACGGUGAAAUCAGUGUUCCAAACGCCAAUCAUGUUGCUAUUCAGAUGGUUAAUUACGCUCUUUCUCACGCUAGGUCACAAAAAUCAGAUGAAUCUUAUUCCCAAGGGAUGCUAGUGCUUGAACAAUGCCUUGGGAAUCAACUGAACGAUGAUCAGGCUUCUCAAGAUUCUAAAGCAACAGUCUUGCUUGCCAUGUCUGAUCUUUUAUACGAAAGUGGGAACCGUAGUGAGGCCAUUGAACGCCUCAAGCAAGUCAUGACUCUGACACUCUCUUCGUUGGCUAUUAGAGUUGCUGCUGUGGAAGCCCUUGUAGGUCUGCUGAUUCAGUCAGGACAGGAUGAUGCUUCAUUGGUUGUUGCUGACGAAUUUCUGGAAUUGGUUAAAGAGAGUGGCCAUGAAAAUCAUCAAGAUGUGGUUGCUACAGCUAAAGCGAUCAAAGGCCUCGCUGAACUUGUGAAAGGAAAUAUCGAAUCUGCCGAAUCUUUAUUUCGGGGACUUGAGAAUCAUGAAGGCUGCAAAGGUAACUUGGCACUUUCUUAUGGUGAAUUCUUGCACGCCACCGGAAAUUUUGAAAUGGCAAAGGAGGUUUAUCAAAAGGCAAUUCAAGGAGUUACGGAGACCAAAGAAUCUAUGUGCUCUUGUAACAUGAAUUUGAAGGCAGUCUCGCUGGCAGCCACAUCUUCUCUGGGUCAGCUCGAGUCACACAUGGGAAACUUUGAUGUUGCGGAGACAACACUGACACAAGCAUUGUCAAUCGCUGAGGAAUAUCAUGGAGACAGUCAUCCUAAGGUUGGUGUAAUGUUAACCGCUGUGGCUCUGAUGUACGGAAACAAAGCAAGGCAAGAACGCUCGAGUUCUAUCCUGAUUCAAGAGGGUCUCUUCAGAAAAGCGUUGGAUCUCAUGAAAGCACCUCCAGUGGAUUCACAAGGGAUAAUUAACAUGGAAAAUCAAGAAGUAAUGGCUCUAGCAAGAGGAGGGUAUGCAGAGCUACUACUGAUUCAAGAGAACAGAAGAAGCGAAGGAGAGAAAAUGAAAUCAUGGGCUGAAUCAGCGUGGAGAAACAGACGCAUCUCUCUUUCAGAAGCAUUAAAUAAAGCAGCAAUCAUAGAUGCUCGCACCACUCGUGUACUCUAAAAACCAAUUUAGCAAUAGUGGUUGUGAAGAGAAAUCUCAAAAGAUUCAAACUUUCUCAUAAACAAAUGUUGACGUUUUUGAUGUGUUACACUUAGUAGAUUACAUUACAGAGGAAGAUCAAGUCCUUUCCCAAUCUCUA